AAGUCAUCUUAACAAGGGACUUUUUAGCGAUGUCUAUCUUUUUCACUUUAUCACUAGUUAUUGCCUGCUGCUAUGCUAAAGCUAUCGUCCGGGAGCCAGUUCUGGCUACUACCACCACCUAUGCUUAUGCCGUGGACCUCGAUCGGCCUGUAACUGUGGCUGCUUUUGAGUGUAUGAAAAAAUCGGGUUACAAAGCUGCCAUCAUAAGAGCGUACGAUCCCGCAAAUAAUGGCAAAUUCGAUGGCAACGCUAUUAGCAAUAUCCGCAAUGCUAAUCGAGCUGGUCUUGGAACAGAAGUGUUCAUGACACCACUGCCCCGUUCAAGCAAAAAGGGUGGAGAGCAGUUUAGAGAACUUUAUGAGGGACUGAAGAACGGCAAAAUUGAUGUGAGGAUGGUAUGGUUACAGGUAACCUCGCCUGUUAAUUGGGGAUCUAAUAGCAACGAAAAUAUCUACUUCCUCAAUGACAUCAUAUCAAUGGCUAAGCACUAUGGCGUUAGAAUUGGUUUCUACACAAAUGUUUACGACUGGAAUCAGAUCACUAAGGGAGCUGUCGUUGAAGGAGCUAUGCUAUGGUACUGGAACGUCAAUGGUGGAGGACCUAGCGGUGAAACACCAGCCAACUUUGACGAUUUCCGUCCAUUUGGUAAAUUCAUGAAGCCAACGAUGAAACAAUUUGGACAAAUGGAGCAAAUUUGCGGAGUCACAGUUAAUAGAGACAUCUACUCACUAGAGAAGUCAAAGCACUUCCUUGCCGAGGUGAAGGAAAAGCAGAAUGAUGAACUAGUCGUUGGCAAACUAGGAUAUGCACUUGCGGGACUGUUAUCACCUGCAUAAGGGAACAAAUGCAGAGAGAAGAAUCCCAGGGAAAAAUGCUUUAUAGACACGUCAUAAUACACCGAAUAAAGAUGAUUUGCCCCAACAUGUGGU